UGAAGGCGCGCGCACGGGGAGGUGGCAGGGGGUUGUGCUCGCUCCCGGCUCCCGGUGCUCUCUGACCCCAGCGGCGGCUCCGUCUCACUGCACCGAGCCUCGCUCUCCUUCUCCCCGCUGUCCGCCUGCGUCUCUCUGCCUCCUCUCCGGUUCUCCCCCUCUCCCCCUCUCUCUCUCUCUCGCUCUCUCUGUCUCCCCCCCUCCUCCUCCUGCUCCUGCUCCUCCUCCGCUCUCUUGUCUGGUUCCUACCCACAGGAGAGAGGUCCCGCCGGGUCGAAGGUUCUGCCCUGCCCGCCCAGACUGCCGCAACCUCCGGCUUCUGCUGCCGCCUGCCGUCGCCGCAUGGACCCGCGUCCCUCCGCCUCCACCGCCGCGUAGAGGGCGACCCCGACCCGACACUCCACCUCCGGGCAGAUUCAAACAAAAAAACACCCGCUUCUGGAAAAGCAACCACCAAAGCUUGUCGUGGUCGAGUCGGUCGGCCGGUGGCUGCUGCUGCUGGGAGACUCCCCCCGGGCUCGUUGAGCGGCUCUGAAGGAUGACUGCUGCACGGCUCGCUGCUGAAUCCCGGUGAACGAACGGCGUCUCAUGUCCACACGGCGGAAGGAUGGCUCAUGGCAAAGUGACCAUCGCGGUGGACGAGUACAGCUCCAACCCCACACAGGCCUUCACACACUAUAACAUCAACCAGAGCCGCUUCCAACCUCCACAUGUCCACAUGGUGGACCCCAUUCCAUAUGAUACCCCCAAGCCGGCGGGUCACACCAGGUUCGUGUGUGUGUCCGACACACACUCGCGCACAGACGGGAUCCAGAUGCCGUACGGCGACGUGCUGCUGCACACGGGCGACUUCACCGAGCUGGGCCUCCCCUCCGAGGUCAAGAAGUUCAACGACUGGCUAGGUGGCCUUCCGUACGAAUUCAAAGUGGUGAUCGCCGGGAACCACGAGCUGACCUUCGAUAAGGACUUUAUGGCUGAGCUGGUGAAGCAGGAUUACUACCGAUUCCCCUCAGUCUCCAAACUCAAACCUGAGGACUUUGACAAUGUCCAGUCGGUGCUCACGAACGGCGUGUACCUGCAGGACUCGGACGUCACCAUUAAGGGAUUCCGGAUAUACGGGACGCCAUGGACUCCGUGGUUUAACGGCUGGGGGUUCAACCUGCCUCGGGGUCAGUCUCUGCUGGAUAAAUGGAACCAGGUCCCUGAAGGCAUCGACAUCCUGAUGACCCACGGUCCUCCACUCGGCUUCAGAGACUGGGUUCCUAAGGAGCUGCAGCGGGUCGGCUGCGUGGAGCUGCUCAACACGGUCCAGAAGAGGGUGCGACCCAAGCUUCAUGCCUUCGGAGGCAUCCACGAAGGCUACGGGAUCAUGACAGACGGCUUCACGACGUUCGUCAACGCGUCGACCUGCACGGUCAGUUUCCAGCCCACCAACCCCCCCAUCGUGUUCGACCUGCCCAACCCCUCCACCUCCUGAGACCAGAGGACACAUGGGGCGGG